AUGCCAGCUUACCUUGAACCGAGCAGGUAUAAACCUGUGAGUUCUCUAGGCAAGUCUAAACUCAGUGCAUCUGCCGCACCAUUCAUAAGUUCAAGAGUCAAGUGUGAAGGGAACAUGGAUGCCAAAAUAACGCUGCCAAGUUCAGGGACCGUUGGGAGCUCGUCCAAGAUGCAACCUGAGUGUUGUUCAGACGGCCAAGGAUCAUCAGAGAGAUAUCCGGAGGAGAAUUGGCUUUAUAAUGCUCCAACAGGACUGGCAAGGAUUGGGGAGGGCAGUUGUGUGGAAGAGGAGUUAAAUCUUCCUCGGUCAGAGAUGCCUGCGGGAUCAAAAAAGGACGACAUAGCUGGCUCCUUUAAUCAGUCAUUGACUCCCCUUCCGGGCAGCAAGGUUGUUCAAUCUGAGGAAAUCAAUGACGCUAAGAUGAGUGAAGAUCCCUCGGAACUGUUUACCAAGUCGGACAAGAAAGAAGAAAGCAGCUGUUUCUGUUUGAUGCUUGAAGAGUUUCCUCUCCUUCCGGGCUGCAAAAAGGAGAUUCAACCUGUGAAGUACACAGCUGUUGCUGGAAAUGUUGGACAAGACACUAAACUCUUGGAUGAAAAGGAAGAUACUUCAUUCGUUUCCAAGUGUUUUAAAAACUAA